AAAAAAAAAUGCUACACAACCGUAGGUCACCUGCCUAUCAUCCACUCCCUCUAGCCAUAAAAUGCAUGUAUGUGUUAUAAUAUAUAUUUAGAGAAUAAGUAAAAAUUUUAAUUUGUUUUAAAUCAAAAGAAAUAAAAUCUUAUACUAUUUAUAGAUAAUAGAUUUAAUAAAGUUGCAAAUGCUUGUUUGAAUCUUUAUAACGUUAACAAAAAAAAGUUGCAAAUGCUUUUGACAAAAAAAAUCUUAGAAAGCUCUUUUCAAAAAAAAAAAAAUCUACAAAGCCUAUUGGACAACUGCAUAUCGACAGCCUUCCUCCUCCCUGUUUUAGUUGCAGUACAAAAAAGCAACACAAUUUUGGUCUGGAUGCAGUACAUUAAUUUUUUAUUAUUUCUUUUUGUUCUGCAAUUUUAUUUGUGAAUGGGUAUAAAUUGCAGUUCUCUCUGCAUUUUUAAUUCUCCUGCAUCUCUCCUGCGUUUCCCCUGCUGUACAUUCAUAGCCAUAGUAUGAACUACAUUUAAAACAUGAUCCCAAGUACUGAUCUCCAUACAUUUAGUCGGUAUAUAUACACCGUCUCAUUGUUAGGACCUCUCAACAUUCAUUUUCAAAAGAAGAACAUAGAGACAAUGGCUGCCAAUUACGAGGACCGAGACACAUUGUUCAACUUCGUGGUCAAAGAAGGUAAUGGCGUGAAGGGUCUGAUAGACUCUGGUAUGUCUUGUGUUCCACAGCCUUUUGUCCAACCGCUCUCUGAGCGAAUAGCGACCCCAAACGGCCAAACGUGUGAAGCUGUCCAGCCAAUAGAUCUUUCCCAGAUAGACGGUCCAUGCCACACGGAGGUGGCCAAACAAAUCGUUGAAGCUGCUGAGACGCUUGGCUUCUUCCAGGUGGUGAACCAUGGUGUUUCGGUAGAGCUGCUUGAAUUGCUGAAAAUGUCAGCUCAUGAGUUUUUCGAACAACCUCCUGAGAACAAAGCGGUUUACCUAAAAGAAGUGAGUCCAAGCAAGCUAGUUAAGUACGGGACGAGCUUCGUACCAGAGAAGGAGAAGGCCAUUGAGUGGAAAGAUUAUGUGAGCAUGCUUUACACCAAUGACGACGAGGCUCUUCAACACUGGCCUCUACAAUGCAGAGAGGUGGCACUUGAUUUCCUAAAAUCAUCAAUGGCAAUGGUGAAAAGAAUAGUUGAAGUUUUGAUGGAGGAUGUAGGAGUGAUACUAGAAGAAGAGAGAAUGAACAGUUUGGUGGGGACCAAAAUGGUCAACAUGAACUACUACCCAACAUGUCCCAGCCCCGAGCUCACUAUAGGCGUCGGUCGUCACUCCGACAUGGGAAUGUUAACUGUUUUAUUACAAGAUAGCAUUGGUGGUCUCUACGUUAAACCAGACAACGGUGACUGGGCUGAGAUCCCUCCUCUCAAUGGAGCCUUAGUCAUCAAUGUUGGCGAUACUUUGCAGAUUCUAAGCAAUGGGAAGUAUAAAAGUGCGGAGCAUAGGGUUCGAACCACAAACAUCGGAUCGAGACUCUCUGUGCCUAUUUUCACGGCACCUACUCCCUCGGAGAAGAUUGGUCCAUUGCCCGAAGUGGUGGAACGUGACGGGGUGGCUCGUUACAAAGAGGUGUUAUUUCAAGACUACAUGAACAACUUCUUCAGCCAACCACACGAUGGCAAGAAAUCUCUCGACUUUGCUCGUGCCGAUUGAUACUAUUACCACUUCUAUCAGUGUAGUGUCUAUGUGCCAAAUUAACCACAAUUCUUUUUUUAUAAGGAUUAACCACAAUUAUUUUUUUGUUUUCUUUAUGUUUGUUCGAUCCCAAUAAAGGAAAAUGCCUUCUUCGUGUGCACUCAAUAACACGUACGUGGUGCAACUUUAUGAAAUUUACACGCAUGUUAGGAUGCUGGUUGAGUUUUCUAAACCAAUACAUACAGGGAUGUUAACGUAGCGGCCCAAUCCACAAAUAGUCCAACCCAGUUUAUACCCAAUCCGCGAAAACCCAAAAACAUCCGGGUUGAAAAACCCAGAAAAUAACCCAAUUUGGUCGGUAAAUUUGUUUUUUGUGGUUUUGAAGGAAAAAAAACUUAUUUUUGCAGUUUGCGGAAAAACUCAUCUUUCUGGUAUUGACGCGAAAACUUGUUUUUGCGGUUUUGGCUGGAAAUCUAGUUUUUGUAUUUUUGACGGGAAAAUUCAUUUCUACAGUUUUUGGCGGAAAAAGUUAUUUUGUGGUUUUGGUGGGAUUUUCUGAUUUUUGCGAGAAAACUCGCUUUUACGGUUUUGGCAGUCAGUUUGGAUAGAAAAAUUCAUUUUUUGGUUUUGGUAAGUAUUUAUUUUUACGGUUUUAACGAAAAAAUAAUUUUUUUUUAUUUUGGUGAAAUUUUUUAUUUUUUGUUUCUGAUGGAAAAAACGGUUUUGUAAAUUUUAUAUAAUUUAAUUAAAAUUGAAAAAAUAUAAUAAUAUAAUUGAAAACCCAUGAGUACACCAUUACUCUUUUGUAUUUAUCCAACAUAAAUAUGGAUUUUAAAAUUUUUACCCAUGGUUGACCCAAUUAGUUUUAGACGUAUAAAGACCCAACCUAUUAUUAGUGGGUUUGGGUAAACCCAUGGAUAAUUAUCUAUGUUAACAUCCCUAUACAUAUUUCAAAAUGCUAGUAUGACGGAACUAAUGAUUUUCACUGUAAUGAUUUUCUUUUCGCCAGGUUCUGUAAGGAUUUCCAAUUUAUAUAACGAGACUCAUUUUUUUUCCUAUUAAUUUGAAAUUUUUGUUUCAGUUUAUCAUUUCGUUUUCAUGGCAUACGAGAUUUUGAGUUUAGACGUAUCCUCGGGUCUAGGUCGCACACAAUUGUUUUGUUGACUAUAAAAGAAGGAAACGAAUACCGUUUUAAAAUGCGACAAUUUUGAAGAAAGUCCAUAUGACAUAAGCGUGAGAAUUCUUAACAUUUCUAGUUGUGACGUGAUCGUGAAACGUGUCUGUUUAAUCAGGACCGGCUCAACACUGUUAGGGGCCCUUGAGCAAAAAAAAAAAAAUUACUCUCUAAAAUUUAUAUAGAGAUAAUGUUUAAAAUAUUUUUAAAUUUUAAUCAAUAAUAUUUUGUAUAUUUUGUAAUAAAAAUAAAACUAUAUACAUAUCUAAUCAAUAAUAUUUUGUAUAUUUUGUAAUAAAAAUAAAACUAUAUACAUAUCAAAUACUUUUGGGCCUUUUUCAAUUUUAUUUAUUGUAUUAUAAUUUUUUUUUAUAUAGAAAUAUAGAUCUAUAAAAAAUUGGACCUCUUAUUUAUCAUUACACGGGGACACGAACUCGGACCCGGGGUGAUCGUACCGCUUGUCCCCUUGUAAGCCGGCCCUGUGUUUAAUUAACGUACUUCAAAACAUUGUGACGUUGGACGUUUUCAGAUUUUCAAAGCUCGUGCCAUUGCUUCCUUCUAUAAAAUAUCAUUUGUUUUUAAGAGAGUAUAUGAUUUUUUCACUUAAGGUCAAUUAAAACUCGUUAACUCGAAUUCAAGUAAAUCUAUGAUAAAUGACGUGUUUAGAUAAGAAUAUAGGGUUCCCAAGAAUAUACUAUCAAAAGAUUAGCUUUCUUACACGCAUAUCUUACACAACUGUUAUGUAUGAUCAUAACGUUUAUUAUGUACGGACAAUACCAUUACCAACUGUAUUUGUAUCAUAGGAGUAUUAGCUAACCGCAAAUCAUAUUAAUUUCUGCUACAACCAUUUUGAAAAUUUUAAUUUAUACACGAAACAGUUUAAGACGAAAGUAGUGCAAUGUAAUUUUGUCUUUUCAAAGUCAGUCCACGAUCAGAUUUAAUCAACGAGCCAUCAUGAUUAUACCAAUUGCCUCGGAUCUUUCUCCGAAUAAAGAAAAAUCUAUACUAGAUUGAUCAUCGUAUUCUUACAUCAUCGAUUCGUCGCACUCGCAUUUUUUUUUCUCCCUCUUGUUUGGCGUCCCAUGGCACGUAUUCUCAGUUACAAAUUUCAAUGCUUCUUAAAUUUUAGAGCAUUUAUGAGAGUGGGACAAACUCUUAAGGUAUAACUUUAUAUAUACUCAAUUUAUAUGUAUGUUCUGGUUUACUUUUCCACGAUAACAUUUUUUGACGUUCUAAGCAUCUUAUAAAUGAUAAACUAAAUAUGGUUUACAGUAGAUGGAGAAGAUGUCCAACCUGAACAACUUGGGGUCAACCAUUGAUGACUCUGGGUGAAUUAUUCUUGACUUGACCAGCCGCAACGAAUUGACUCUACAAAUUUUAACAAACAAAUAAAUAGGGAAAAUUAUGUUCAUUCCAAAUUUGAAUGGUGUCUUAUGAUCUUAAUUUAUGUAACAAUUAUUAUACUGGCUGCUAUUUUUAUGGUUCCCUACUUCUCUUUUACAUCAAAAUUACUUUAGUACUUAAAUUUAAAUCUUUAUACACUCCAAUAAAAGUAACUAAAGGUAAAAGCAUUUCUAAAGAUGUUGUACAGUUUUGGGCAAAAAAGUCAGAACCAACAUUAUCUUGAAUAUCUUUUUCUCUAAUGAGUUUUGUCAAUGAGCGACGUAUUAAUGGGAAACUCUUCAGUGCAUUGGAAAUUUCUGUUUUAGAGAAUAAUAAUUAUGGGAGCAUUAUUUACAACAGGAGAAAUAGCAUUACAGUGUCAUUCCACCACUUUUUAAGUCUUUACUUGACAAUAUUUCCAUAGCUUUGAUUAAGCAGACUUCUCCUAUCGAGAGAUUUAGUAGCCUCGCGGUUUGCUGAUAGUUAACUCACACCUAUAAGUUAUCACCACCAGUGCAUGUGACAAAAAAAACACAAAUCAUCUAACCUAUCAUCGUAUGAGCUAGAUUGAAGAUAUUAUCAUUUAUUAUUUUGGUCGAAAACUUAUUGUUUAUAUCAAGACUUUUGAAAAUUCUUUAGAUUUUAUUCUGUUUACCGUUAGUUUGUUUAUAGUUAGGACUUUGUUAAGUGUUUAAUUUAAAUAGUUAAAUGUUGAGAUAUAUGUCUAAUUGUAGAGCAUAAGAUCGAAACAUGAAAAAUCGGAUAGAAAACUUUGAAAGUAGUAUUUUUUAGAAUGAGAAUAAAAAGAAUAAUUUUGACCAAUUCAAAUACAGUAUAAUUGUUAUUUGUUAAAAUUGUGGCUUCCAUGAUUUUUUUUCGUAGUGGGAAAAUAUCCAACAAGGUUUUUUGGUGGAAACUUAAUCAUUCUAAUUUGUAAUAGUAAGAACAUAAAAAUUCCUGGAUAAUACAAAUCAGAAUAGAAGUUCUCAGAUGAUCACUUUUUCCGAUUUAUUAAGUUUGCUAUUUUAUAACUUUGAUAUACUAUAAGAUAUUUCCAUAGAACUAUUCUAAAUAUUGAAAUAGAAAUGAGAACUAACUAUUUGUUAAACUAAGUCAAAUAGUUACCUUUUCGUCUUAAGAAGAGAUAACAAUUGCUUGAUAUGUAAACUUAAGUUGAAACAAUAACCAGUUAAAAUCUUUUGGAGAAGUGAGAAUGGAGCUGAGUGGUAAUAUUCGGUCUUCAUUAGGUGGCUUGGACAUUGUCAAUUUCGUAGAAAUUACAGAAUAGAAAAUUGAAAGAACUAAAUCCUCAUGUUUCUCUUUUUCUUUUGUUCAUCUGUCCAAGUUAAAAGUUUCGGAUCAAAAGCAUACAACAAAUCUCACCUUUGCGAGCACGAAGUAGAAAUUAUGCCUCAAAAGUCAUGAUGAUAAUUUCGUCUUGGCCGAGAAUAUAAUAUGCAAACA